CCGCAGGGUGUGCGGCUCGCGGUGGCCUUUGGCGAGGAGGGGGCGGCGAAGAGGGGCGGCCGCUUCCCUCUGCCGAGCUGGCCGGCCAUGGACUCCGGCCUGCAAGGAAGAUCGGGCGAAGGGGAGGCGGCUCCAGCAGCCUGCAUCCAAGACGGCUGGUUCCGCGAGACCUGCAGCCUGUGGCCCGGCCAGGCGCUCUCCCUGCAAGUGGAGGAGGUCCUGCAUCACCAGCGAUCGCCCUUCCAGGAGAUCCUCGUCUUCAAGAGCAAAACGUACGGGAAUGUCUUGGUACUUGACGGCGUUAUCCAGUGCACAGAGAGAGACGAGUUUUCCUACCAGGAAAUGAUCGCCAACCUGCCCCUAUGCAGUCACCCAAACCCACGGAAGGUGCUCAUUAUUGGUGGGGGAGAUGGAGGGGUCUUGCGAGAAGUGGUCAAGCACCCCUCAGUCGAGUCUGUAAUACAGUGCGAAAUCGACGAGGAUGUGAUCCAGGCAUCGAAAAAAUACCUCCCGGGCAUGGCUGUGGGAUACUCCAGCCCCAAGCUCACCCUCCAUGUUGGGGAUGGCUUUGAAUUCAUGAAACAAAACCAGGAGGCGUUUGAUGUCAUCAUCACGGACUCUUCUGACCCCAUGGGUCCUGCAGAAAGCCUCUUCAAAGAGUCCUACUACCAGCUGAUGAAGACUGCUCUGCGGGAAGACGGCAUUCUCUGCUGUCAAGGCGAAUGCCAGUGGCUGCACCUCGACCUCAUCAAGGAGAUGCGCCAGUUCUGCCGGUCGCUGUUCCCCGUGGUGGAGUACGCCUACUGCACCAUCCCGACGUACCCGAGCGGGCAGAUCGGCUUUAUGCUGUGUAGCAAGAACCCAAAUACUAAUUUCAGGCAGCCGAUCCAGCCACUGACCCCCGGGCAAGUGAGCAGCAUGAACCUCAAAUAUUACAACGCAGACAUCCACCAGGCGGCUUUCAUUCUGCCAGAAUUUGCACGAAAGGCGCUGAGCAUCGUCUGAAAACACCAGCGGGUCUUUGCCUCAGAGCCCCAGGGAUUUUGAAGGGAGAUGAGCGUGGCGGGAUUCCUCCAGGCGGCACCGAACAGCCUUCCGCCCGUGGCCCAGCCGGACCCUCUGCCAGUGAAACAUUCCUUCCGAUGAUGUAUUAUUUUAUUUCAGUUUUUCUUAAAGAAAGAAGAGACUCUGGCUUCCUCUUGGCUGAGACUGGAAAACCAACCCCAGAAUCCUGGCCGCCGAUGCAUUGCUUGAACUCUUUCAGGACUCAGCAUCUUAAUAUAGACUUCAGGCUUCUGCCGUUUCCCUUUCUGCUCAAAUGUCUGUAUUUAUAAUUGAUAACAAAUCGGACACUCUGCCCUGCAAUGCCACGGAUUGGCUGAUGGGGGGUGAGUUUUCUUGGGAGCCCCUCUUUGCCAUACUUUUUCUGCUUUGCUCACAUCACCCCCAAGAAAAAAACAGAAUGAGUGCCAUCAACACAGAGCUGAUGAGCUCUCAGGAGCCCCACUGUGGCGUACUAGCGGGCAGAAUGCAGGGAAGGGCGUUCUGAGCACCAUCUGAGCACUGGGGAGCUUCCCGGACUUUGUCCAGAGAGAAUAAUUAACGCACCUGUAUAGUAAAAUAACCCCAAAAAAGCC